AUGGCUGUGAAGAUAUUGAUCGGCUCCCUGCUCGGUCUGCUGAUUGUGACCACGUCUGGGGUGCUGCCGGUGGUGGUGGCUCGCUACCAGCACCUCCGCACGGCCACCAAUUACCACCUCUGCAUCAUGAGCAUCGCCGACUGCGUGGUGGGGCUCCUCUUCAUCUUCUACCCGUGGAUGAGGACCUUCUGGCCGUCCCUCGCCUUCUCGGGCGUCCUGUGCGCCCUUCUACUGCUCGUCAACUUGGCCUGUUCGACUGUCUCGAACGUCACCAUGUUCUGGUUGGCGCUGGACAGGCGCACGGCCGUCCGCAACCCUCUGCUUUACCCUCUUCUGGUCACCAGGCUCACGGUACGACGUCAGCUCCUGCAGACACUGGGGCUCGUCAUGCUGCUCGCCGGAUACGUCAUCACCUCGCGUCUCCUAACUGACCCCUCCUUCCCGGACGAGAUCUCCCAAUGCUUUCUCUCUUGGCAGCUGGUCUUAGGACAUAUCGGUACGCUGGUCAACAACGGCGUCAACCUGGUGGUCAGCUGCGCCACGAUCUUCCUCUGCGUGGAAGUGCUGCUCGUGGCGCGUCGCACGUUGCGCUCCAACGUGGCGGCACUGCCGCACGAGCUGGCCGAACGUGCACGGCUGCGAAAGCACGUGCGCACGUUCUACUAUCUGCUGCGAGUGAUGGUGCUGUACGGCGUCUGCCUGAUUCCGUUCAGUGUUUCCUCGCUCCUGAAGGCCUUCAUGGGCCUCAAGGCCUCUCUGGAAGAUGGGGCGACGCCUGGCGGAGGCGCGGAGGCCGCCAGUGUCCUCACCAUGGACUCCGAAGAACCUCAGAUCUGGUUUGUCGUUCUGACGGUGCUGCGCGGUUCGUUCCACCUCGUCGACUCCUGGCUGUUCUGCAGCAGUCCAGAGCUGAGACAUGCCAUCCUGCACUACUUCGGAGGCGACCGUUUCGAUCUUUACCCAUAG